AUGGCUACUACGACACUUGAGACUACAGCUCCGACUGCCGAGUUCACGACAGUACAGCUACUGACACCGGAUGGGCCUGUCUCCCGUCGCGUGCGAUGCGGCAAGCCACGUACUCCGACUCUGGAGGAGAUGCCCAUCAUUGACCUAACUGCCCUGGAUGGCGAUACGACAGCACGCAACGCCCUCGCCAUCAAGAUUAAAGCCGCGGCUGAGAAUACGGGAUUCUUCUACGUUUCCAACCACGGUAUUCCACAGGAGUUAAUUGAGGAGGCUCUCGAACAGAUCAAGAAAUUCUUUAGCCAGCCUCAAGAAGACAAGGAUCGGGUCGCUUUCACAAAGGCGGGGAAGUUCUGUGGUUACCACGGUGUUGGAAGCACACAAAUCAACAACAAUGAAACCAAAGACAACAAAGAAACUUUCUCCAUGCGAUAUGAUACCCGCAUCGAUACAACUCAUGAUUGUGCGGAUGACAUUAAUUCCAACUUUGAUUCCAUAGAUUUUGUGUGGAACGGGACAAGCCAUCUCCCAAAAUUCCGACCUGUCCUCACCAAAUUCUAUCAGAAGCGGCUGGAGUUGGCUCGUAAGCUGAUUCGUCUUUUUGCCCUUGCUCUCGAGCUACCCGAGGACUACUUUGACAACAUCAUCACAACCCCCGGUGCCGACGCAGUGCAUCUUCACUACCCUGGAACUGAUGAAACCGAUGAUAUAGACGUUGGUAUCGGCUCACACACCGACAUUCAAUGCGUGACUCUGCUCUGGCAGGAUAUGUCCGGUGGUCUUCAAGUUCUCUCGGCAGAUGACGAGUGGCUGGACGCUCGACCUAUAGAGGGAACUCUGGUUGUCAACAUCGGUGACUUCUUGCAGAGAUUAUCCAACAACCGUUUCAAAUCGACUGUUCAUCGCGUUUACAAUCGUCAAAAAGAAUCUCGUUACGCCAUGCCUUUCUUCCUAGGCUUUAACCCGGAUGCUGUCUGUGAGGUUGUGCCAACAUGUACUGAUGCAGAUCAUCCUCCUCUGUAUGAGCCUAUUUCGUGUGGACAGUGGCGCAGCUCUCGUCUAAGGCUAGCAGAAACCGGGAAAUUGAAUUGA